GAUGCAGUUCUCAUUCCUAUUGUGUUGGCGAUCAUAAACAUUUCCUACUGCUUUCAGCCUUUCACCACGAUGAGAUCUCUGGUCCCUCUUGUCGCUCUUCUCGCCGUCGGAGUCACUGCCGGGGACUUUAGCAGGAGCUGCAAGGAUGAACACAUUGACCCCUCAACUCAGAUAUUGACGGCGAACUGCGACGUUGGUGAUGGCAAGGGUACUUUAAGGUCAACUUCUCUCGAUUUGAACAUUUGCUUUGCGUACAUAGGUAAUGCAAUCCAGUGGAGCAGCAGAGGGAACUUCGGCCAGACCUGCAACGGCUGUCACGUUUACCGCCUGCCGGACCCCGUCUAUGGCCCGAUCUUUGGAACCACCCGGGCAUGGCUGAGCUGCACGUGCAACGGCGCCGUAUCGGAGACUUCCAUCGAGCUCGAUACCACGCCCGUGUCAAACAGGUUUGGGGUUUUGAGCUGCACUUCUUGAACUUGGAAGCCUGCGCGCCCCCCACAACAUGAUUGGGAAUCAAGCCACGGAGGCCAGGGGGUGGGGGGUGGGGGUUGGUUUGUGUUCUUUCUCCGAGUUGGUUGUGCUUGUCGACAUCAAGACCUUGAGAAACAGGAAUCAUCGCGACGAGCAGCUGUUUUCAAUCAAUGCCGUCCCUCAAACACCCAGAGAUAAAUGAAUCUUAUGUCAUGUUCCGCUUCCAAUCUCGUGGGUUGCCAGUGAACAGUGUCGGGAACCGACUCUGGGUAGGCCCUC